AUGGAGCUGGACGAUGAAUCCCACCAAAUGUCCGAUUUACUCGACAGUAAAAACUUGUCCGACCAAAGCGAUAAAGAAUGCGAGUCACAGUUCUCCGUAAAAGUUCACAGAUCAUUGCGAACGCGAAUAACCGAGUGGUAUUCCGGAUGGAGAUAUACUCUUGCGUUGGCGUCGUUUGCGAGCGUCAUCGUCCUGGCAUUCAAUCUCGGCUUUGUUACAUGGGCUGCUGUGCACCAUACAGUAAAGAAAGGCCGGGGCACUCUGCACGAGGGAAAUUGUGAGAAAGUGCAGCAUAUGAGUACGGGCCUGCAUUUUUCUAUCAAUAUUCUCAGUACGAGUCUAUUGGGCGCAAGCAAGUACUGCAUGGUCUGUCGAGAUCUUCUCUGUUCUUCAUGCACGGCUGGAUUUGCUGAGAAAGAUAUAGACCGUGCCCACGGUAAGAGCAGGUGGCUCGACAUAGGUGUUCCCAGUGUCCGAAAUCUACGAUUGGUAUCUCGAAAACGCGCUGUUUUGUACAACUCGACCAUAUUCGCCAUUACUUCGGCCAAUUCCUACUGGGUAUUUACUGCUCUAGAGGGCUUUCUGAAACAGGAUGUUCAGAAUAGCACUUCUGUCAAUGAAGACACUGCCACUGACGUCUUGAACCGCCUGCGUGCCGAAGCGCAGAAUGGAACCCUUCAGCGCCUUGAUAUAUCGCAGUGUGUUAAUGCAUAUGCGACAGACUUCCAAAUUAUCUAUGGGAGCUUGAUACUUGUGACGAAUGAUACAGAUCAGUCGCAGUCAGUCGCGCAGCAAACCACCUUUUUGCCGCAAGAGAAUAUGAGAACUUCCGCUUCAGCCCCGUAUCAGUGGAUCUGCUCAGCACAAGCACAGGUAAAAGAACAUACCUGUAGUCAACUUCUUUCGGACGUAAAGGACCAAGUGUCCAAGAACAGUUGGUACGUGGACCGUUACCGGGUCGGAUACUGCCUUGCGGAGCGACCACCGCAACGUUGCAAGCUGGAAUACAGCGUCCCAUUAGCGAUCAUCGUGAUUGUCUUCAACUUGGUCAAGGCCAUCAUAAUUGGAUAUACAGCUGCAAGUGCCACGAAGAAGCCCAUCCUGACGACAGGAGAUGCGGUCGCUUCUUUCAUGCAGAAACCCGACGAGUUUACACGGGGCCAAUGCCUCCUCAGCAGAGAAUCCGUGAAGACGCGCCCCUGCCGAACGAGCUACAAGUCAUCGACAUUCAAUAGCACGCCAAAGCGAUGGCACGCCGCUGUCUCAGUCAAGCGUUACCUCCUUGGACUUAUCUCAUAUACCGUCGCUAUUAUCAUCUGCAUCGGGCUUCUGAUAUUCGGAGUUCUGAGUAUGAGGGACAAAACGAACACGUGGACAAUGGGUCUCGGCGCCAUCAAGACUCAGACCCUAAUCACAGGGACCAGAUGGGUGACAUCGCUCAUAUCCAACGUGCUCGUCGCCAACACGCCCCAACUCCUCUUCUCGAUGAUCUAUUUCACCUUCAACGCCAUCUUCACCGCCAUGACCCUUGCAGCGGAAUGGAGCCGAUACGCCAACCACCGCAAGGGCCUGCGUGUCUCCGGUCCCCCCGAAGUCGCCCAACCCAGCAGCUACUUCCUCUCCCUCCCCUACCGCUGCGCCGUCCCCGCGCUGACCUUCUCCGCCCUUCUCCACUGGCUCCUCUCGCAGAGCAUCUUCGUGGUCGGCAUUGAAUCCUACACCGGAAACUUACAACGGGACCCCACGCGGGAUUUUAUUACAUGUGGAUACUCUCCCCCGGCUAUCUUGAGUGCGAUUCUUGUGGGCGUGGCGAUGGUGGUCUGGCUGGUCGGAUUCAGUUUCAGGCGCUUAGAGUCCGGGAUGCCUGUCGCGGGAAGCUGUAGCCUGGCUAUUGCGGCGGCCUGUCAUCCCACGUUGAGGGUUAAGGGGGAUGAGUAUGUGGACGAAGAAGGGAAGUUAGGAGCGGAGCAGAUGAAGGUGCAGUGGGGGGUUAUCUAUGUGGAUGCGGAUGGGGAGGGACAUUGUAGUUUCUCGAGUGAGGAGGUGGGAGUACCGGAGGAUGGAAAAAUCUAUCGGUGA